AUCAUUUAUCCCACUUGUGAAUGAUCCUCCCAACUUUAUAAAUGGGAAGACUUCGGCGCUUCAUGCUCACAAGUCGUUCUGUCCUCUAUGAGUUCUUUCCUAAAGCUCGGUCUUAUUUCUUGAAAUUCCGAUCGAGUCAGCAGCACUACACCAGCAAAAAAAAAUUUGCCCAACUCUUCCAAUUGCAUCUCCCCAUUGUACGGUGCUCUGUUCGGUCGUGCUAGAGGAUCUUAAAUUAUUUGUUUCAACUCUUUCAUCGUGGCUUUAAAAUAGAAUUGUCCUUUCGUUGACCUGAAAGUCGUUGCCCAACAUAUUCGGCUACAGCUCCGCGGCAGGGUCCGAGACUUGCAGAGUCCAUAAUGGAAUGAGGAGAUGCUCCACAGCUGAAGAAGGCAUAUCUCUGGUAAUUUCCUAGUUCAUUUUAAUCUGUUUCCCUCUGCUGAUUCUUCAGAAAUGUGCUUGCUGUGCUGCAUCUUGAAUCUAUGGUUUGUGUCUCAAGCCCUGUAGAUAUGGUGCCGAUUCACGAAUUGUUUAGAAUGUCCGAUGAGAACAAAAGACACUAUUGAUGUGGAUAGAGAGGCAGUGUCCUGAGGAUAUGGAUAUAUCCCUAGAGAAUGUUGAUUUAUGUGUCAGCGGCAGUGUCCUGACGAUAUGAAUAUAUCCCUAUAGAAUGUGGAUUUAUAGGUCAAGUCAGUAGGAUGAAGCAUCAAGGGGUAAGGGGUAUUUCGAAAUCUUGUGGGAAUAUGUGAUUGAUUUAUCCAUCUGUGUUUCUGAAAGAACUCUGAAGAUUACCUUGGGUUUAGAGGCUUUUGCUGCUCUGGUUGCGCCUGAACCUCUCUAUCGUCUACCUUUCUUGUACAGGAGGAUCAGAACAAGGAGAACCAAAAAUGACGUCACAGAAGGACCUCUUUGAAGUUUCAGGGCCAACGUAUUUGACAUACGUGAACUGGAACUGCCCUCACCACCGGCGAUCCGUCAUGGCAAGUCUUGUGCAGGGCGUGUACGUCCUAGAGCGCGACCGGCAGUGCAACCGGCAGGGUCCCGACGCCCGCGCGCCGGCGUGGUGGAGCUUCUUCCACUUCGAGCUGCGGCAGGUGCUCAUCGACGCCGCCGACGGCUCCAUCUUCGGCGCCGUCUACGCGUUCCAGCCGCCGCUCCACCUCCUGGACCCGACGGCCGCCGCCAGCGCCCCGCACUACGUCGUCGCCUUCCGCGGGACCAUCGCCAAGAAGGGCUCGGCAAAGCGGGACCUGGAGCUGGACCUGCAGCUGGUCCGCAACGGGCUGGAAGGCAAGUCCCGGUUCCGCGCCGCCAUGCAGGCGAUCCACGACACUCUGGCGACGGCGGCCGGGCAGCACGACCGCGUCUGGCUGGCGGGCCACUCGCUGGGCUCGGCCAUCGCGACGCUAGGCGCCAAGACCCUGGUCAGGGCGGGCGCCCCCGCCCUGCCCACGUUCCUCUUCAACGCGCCGUUCGUGUCGGCGCCGGUGGAGCGGAUCGGGGACCGGCGGCUGAGGCAGGGCAUCCGCAUCGCCAACAGCUUCGUCACGGCAGGCGUGGCGGCCGUCCUGAAGCGAGGCGGCGGCGGCGGUGCUGUGCACGACGCGGCGUUCGCGGCGAUGGCGGCCUGGGUGCCGAACCUGUUCGUGAACCCUGCGGACCCGAUCAGCGCCGAGUACGUGGGGUACUUCGACCACCGCAGGAAGAUGGAGGCCAUCGGGGCCGGCGGCGUGGGGAGGCUGGCGACGAGGAACUCGGUGAAGGACCUGCUGCUGGGCAUUGGGAAGGGUGGAAGCGGCUGCGAGCCGCUGCACCUGUUCCCGUCUGCCGUGCUGACGGUGAACCGCGGGCCGUCGCCGGACUUCAAGACCGCGCACGGGAUCCACCAGUGGUGGCGGCCCGACCUGUCACUAUCACUGGAGUGUACCGCGCAUUACUACACUUGAAACCUUGUGAUCAUGAUGCGUGGUGCUGGAGAUCCAAGACCAAGAGAGUGUAUUGAGUUGUGAUGAC